AGCUACCACUUGGGUGCUCUCCAAUUGGAACUUUGUGAUUUGAGUUUUUGGGCUUCUGUUCACUGUUGUGUCGUCUCUUUCUCGCUAGCGGUGGAGAUCCGCGAGGAUGGCGGGAAAUAUUCCCCUGGCCGCCCUUCUGGACUCCCUGCUGCAGAAAUCCUACCACGAACUGACUGUGCUAGCCGAACUGUUGCCUCGGAAGUCGGACGUGGACCGGAAAAUUGGGAUAGUAGGUUUUGCGAGACAGACUCGGCUGCAGCUGGUGAGACUGUUAGCUCUCGUGAAGUGGGCAGGCAGCUCUGACAGUGUCCAGAAAUGCUCAGAGAUGAGUGAACUGCUGAGUCAGCAGUCCUGGCUGUAUGAAGACACGGCCAACCAGUUGGCUCACCUUGCUCGACAUCAGUUGCUACUGGCCUGGUAUAUAUGUACAGCUCUUUUUCUAUGAGAAGUGUUCUCUUUUGUGGUUGUUGCUGGUGGUUUACGUACUGUAUAUACAUACAACAUGUGGUGGGUUAUGUACUGUAUGUGUGUAUAUAUAUAUAUAUAUACAUGUAUGUACCAUAGCACAGUGGUUUGAGGUUUGCCUUUGUCUUUUGUUGUGUUGUAUUGUGUUGUAGACUCGAACCCCUACCAGCUGAGUUGCCCUGGUAGCUCAGUUGGUAGAGCGCUCGCCUAGACUGCAGAGUGUCGUGAUCCCACCCAGGGAAGGUCUUCUUCUUUUAGCUGUCCUGGGUGUAGUUGAGUACAGAGAAAUAUGUAGAGGGGUGCAAGAAAAACA